AUGAUCGAUGGUGCUCUCGUUCAGUUACAAGUCUUCCGAGAAUCCGGUUCCAAAAAAUGCGUAGCAACUGCUAAAGAGAUAGCUGAACAGUUGGACGUUUCGCAAACUUCACCCGAAUCACGUACGCCACGGACGAAACGAUUUUUCGAUGACGAAUCUCAAAGUGAUGAACGAUCAGGCGAUCCAAUGAAAAGGUUGGAAAUUGAAUUUUUCAACAAGUUAUGCGAUAUAGCUGUAUCAAGUUUACGGGAACGUUUCGUGAUGACCAAAGACGCUUGCAAACCUUUUAGUAUCAUCCAAAACUCUAACAACUUUGUCCUAUUGGAUAGAUCCCAACUUUUGAAUGAAUCACAGACUCUGGAAAAUUUCCUGAGAGGAGAAGAUGAAAACAGUCAUAUUGACGGUGGAGAGCUGGCCGAAGAACUGGAAUCCUUGAAGGGUUACUUUUUAACAUCUAAAAUGGCCAACUUAAGGGCAUACAUGAUGUUGUCGCACAUUAUUACCAGAAGUCUUGAUGAAAUAUAUCCAAACUUUAUCGUGGCAUCAAGGAUUUUUCUAACAUUACCCGUAACUCCCGCGUCAGGAGAAAGGACAUUCUCAAAACUGAAGCUAAUAAAAACUUAUUUGCGUUCCACUAUAUGCCAAGACCGGCUGAAUGACUUAGCUGCAAUGUCAAUUGAACAUGAAAUCAGCAGCAAGGGGCCCGAUUUUCAAGGGCCGCACGAGUCCUGCCGUAAGCUAGUGCCGGCGCUGCUUGUGAUGCCAUUACGAUUGAUCCAAUAG